CUUAGCGUACCGGACUAUAAUAACCUAUCUUUUUCAUUUUUGAAGUGGGAGAGUGUGCUUUUUAAUUAUUAUCCGUAAUGCGACUGGUGAUGAAAUAGGCUUAUAAUACUGGGUAGGAGAAGGGUGGAUUUCCUAUUAGUUAUAUCAUAAAAAAACCAACUGGAAAUCUUUACUUUACAGACUCUAAUAGCUAUUCGGUAACCACUCAGUGCCCUUUACUAUCAGGGCUAAGGAACGAAAACGUAGAGGCCCGUUGUUACUCGGUUUGCUUUCUCUUUAUUCAUGUAGAAUAGAUGGUUAGGGAAAGUCUCUUUCUUCUUUCCUGAAGCAUCGAGUGAAAAGGACUAGCUUUUAGCAGUAGUUAAAGUUAACUUUAUUUGCUUUUAAGCCAAUAAGCCUUUGAGAAAUGCAUUUCAUUCGGGUGGAGUAGAAGCAGUUGGUAAGGGUAUUGAGUUUAUAAGUCGAAGUCUUUUGACUAACCUUUCCAUUCCAACCGCUGCAAAAAGAACCAAAAAGUGGAAGCUUAUUAUAAAGAAAAGGACCGAUGACUCGCUUGUUCAGUACUGCUAACUAUUAUAGGAGGAUGCCGUCCCCUCGGGACUACCAGUAGUUUCGGUUGUUGAAUCUCGUGCAAGUUAGGUUGUGGUUGUAUUGGCUGCAAGCGGAACGAAGGCGCUUUAGGUGUGUGUUGACCAUGCGCUCUCGCGUCAUGUAAUAUCGUAUGUAUGAUAGAGGUGGUGUGGUGAUUGACCUCAAUGCUAAUGGUUAUCCCCAAGGUUCAACGAAUGAAUGAAGCUAUGAUCGUACCCGGAUAGAGAUGAUGGUCUUCCUCUGAUGUCUCCAAGCCGGAAAAAAUAGAAUAGAUAGGCGAAGCAGCCAAUAGCAGCCUGUUCUCGCCUAUCGAUAGAUAGCAGGUUGCUUCCAAGCUCAAACCAUUUGAAACUGAAUUGCUACUUUUUUCUUGUUAUUGAUAGAGUGGUAUUCUCCGCCCCUGUCAAAUAAAGUAGAGGGAGAGAACUGGAAGAGAGAAAGAAAAAGAGCAAAGGAUUUACAAGUCUAAUGGGAAAAGAAUGGCUGACACGUUGACUGCCUUCGAGACUAUAAAAUAGAACCCAAGCGGUCUAACCCCCCGGGGCGGACCCCAACCGAAAGGCGCUAGACGGACUAAGGGCAAGCGAGAUAAAGAAAGCAGCUGGCCCUUAGUCUAAAACCUUGCCGCGAGAGAGUUUUUCUCCAAUGAGAAUAAAGAAAGUUUUUGGGCAAGACAAGAAAGGAACUCGCCCUUUGACACCAAGAGACAAGAGCUGAUUGCUGGCGAUGACUUGGUGAAGGGAAUCUAUGAGAGAAGGUUUUCGAACCGGGUUCCGCCCGAAUAGAGCGCGGAGCCAACGAGUUCAGUCGAACAGCGUAACGAGUCUAAGGGCGGGAUCAAGCUUGAAAGGAAUGGACGGGCGUAGGCAACAUAGUGAACGCAGACCCUCCUGCAACUAGAUAUGAGAUCAAUGACUUAAAAGACAGAUAAAUGCCGAGAAAAACUGUUAGACUUCUUUAUUGCGUUGCGAAGAGAGAUCGAAGACGAAGAUUUUCUGACGCAGUGCGGGCACUGGAUGGAAAAGACAGAGAAGAGAACAACCCACCGGAAGGGCAUACCUCAAGGAGCACCAAUCUCCCCCGGCAAACAUCUAUCUGCACGAAGCCGACCUAUGGAUAAAAAGAAAAAUGAAAUAUGAAAUAAAAAAGAUGCUUUGAGAGUGUGAGAUACGCGGACGGGGAGUACGCAGCCGAACAACCGCAGGGGCUUCCAGCAGUGAUAGCUGAACUAACCAGACUAACCAGAUGGGCCGCCCAAAACCUGGAGCUGACAUUUAAAUCGGAAAUCAACGUCGGAUCCCGGCUAUCCGAAAAACGUAGACUGAAGCGGAGGAUCACGAAAUGCAACACAACAAGGGGCGAACCAAGCGCUUGCGCGAAGGAAGAAGCGAAUCAAUCAGAAUGGAAACAGGGAGGAAAGGCGAAAGAGAGAUUUUCGAGCUUGCAAGCAGCAAGCAACAACGGCUUUUCAGCCGUUGCGCGCUAGCUUGUAGUUUAGGGGUAUAGUAGGGGUGCCCUUUUCAAAAACUUAUUAAAACAACUAUUUUUAUUAUAUAAGGUAAGCUUUUUAUUUUGGAACCCUAGUUUUGGAGUUUUCCGCAACCUAUACUAAUAUUACUAAUAUAAAAAAGGGCUUUUUCAGCUGCAUCGUACUGCCGCAUAAACAAUGGAUCCGCCGGGCUGGAUGAGCAACCUUCUAUCUGGCCUAUAUACCAGUAGUGGAGUGGCUUGCUACUUUCAAUCAGAAAAGGAAAAUUGAGCAAGGCAAGGGAGAAAGAAGUUGUCCCCUCUUCUCUGGUAAGCCGCUGCCGGUCAUAUAGAGCGCUCCGCCCGCCACCUCAUGUUCUGUUCCAAAGUUAAACGAUUGUUCUUCCCCCUCUUUUUCUACAUAUGCGGUGGCGGGUUUGGC